UGCAGGAGCCCAUGAGUCAGAGAAGAUGUCAGAUUUCCUGUACCUGGAGUUACUGGAGUUAUGGGCAGUUGUGAACUACCAUAUUUGAUUCUGGGAACCAAACCCAGGUCUUCUGCAAGAGCAGGAUGCUCUCUUAACCAUUGAGCCAUCAUUCCAGCCCUGGGCAUCAAUUUUUGAUUACUUUUGGUUCUUCAAGACAGGAUCUCUCUGUGUAGUCCUGGCUGUCCUGGAACUCACUCUGUAAGUCAGGCUGGCCUCAAACUUACAGAGAUCCAUCUGCCUCUGCCUCUCGGGUGCUGUGAUUAAGGGCAUGUGCCACCACCACACAGCCUUCUUGUUUCUGUGUAUGGGUGUGCUUCUCUGUGUGUAUGGACAUGUAUGUUACUAUUUCUCUCAAAGAUCAGAAAAGGUUGUGAGGUCCCCAGGGGCUGGAAUUGCAGAUGGCUGUGAGCCUCACAUGAGGGCUGGGGACUGAAUUUCAGUCUCUCUGAGAGCAGUAAACAUUCUUAACUUCUGAGACAUCUCUUCAGCUCCUAGCAUGUUCCCUUUUUAAAUUUUUUGGUUUUUCGAGACAGGGUUUCUCUGUAGCUUUGGAGCCUAUCCUGGAGCCUAGCUCUUGUAGGCCAGGCUGGUCUCAAACUCACAAAGAUCUGCCUGCCUCUGCCUUCCAAGUGCUGGGAUUAAAGGUGUGUGCCAUCAGCACCUUUUAAAGUAUUUUUAAUUCUGUGCAUGGGUAUGUACAUGUGAGUUCAGGUUCCCAUGGAGGCUGGAAGAGGACACUGAAUCCCCCUGUAGCUGGAGUUACAUGGCUGUGAGCCACCACUAGUUAGGAUUGCUAUUGCUGUGAUAAAACACCAUGACCAAAAAGCAAGUUGGGGAGGUUUAUUUAGCUUACACUUCCAUAUUGCUAUUGAUUAAAGGAAGUUAGGAUAGGAACUCCAACAGGGCAGGAGCUGAUGCCAGGAAAGGAGUUGUUUACUGACCUUCUCCACAUAGCUUGUUCAGUCUGAUUUCGUAUAGAAGCCGGGACCACCAGCCUGGGGAUGACCACAAUGGACUGGGCCCUCCCCCAGCAAUCACUAAUUAAGAAAAUCCCUUACAGUCGGAUCUUACUGGUGUAUUUUCUCAGUUGAGGUUCCCUCCUUUCAGAUAGCUCUAGCUUGUGUAUCAAAUUGUCAUAAGAUCAGCCAGCACAGUCAUCAUGUAGGUGCUAGGAACUGAACCUAGGUCUUCCUAGAAGAGCAGCCAGUACUCUUAACCACUGAGCCAUCUCUCUAGCCUCUGUAUUGCUUUCUUAAAAAGGAUAGUAGUACAAGGGUAUUACACACUCCAAGGAGAUUAUGAUCUAAUGUCCCCAAUUAUAUGCAAAAAUUUUCUUUAUACUAAGGAGUUGAUCAGCAUCUAUAUCCCAACUAUUCAACUGAGACAGAAAUGUUAUUUGAGCCCAGACGUUCAAGGAUGACCUAGACAAUUACUUUGUUUUCUUUCUCUCUCCCUUUUUGUCUGUUUGAUUUUUUGUUGUUUUGCUUUUCAAAACAGGGUUUCUCUGUGUAACCUUAGCUGUCCCGGAACUAGCUCUGUAGACCAGGCUGUCUUUGAACUCAAAGAGCCUGUCUCUGCCUUCCAAGUCCUGGAAUUAAAAGCAUGCACCUGGGGGCUGGAGAGAUGGCUCAGUGGUUAAGAGCAUUGCCUGCUCUUCCAAAGGUCCUGAGUUCAAUUCCCGGAAACCACAUGGUGGCUCACAACCAUCUGUAAUGAUGUCUGGUGCCCUCUUCUGGCUUGCAGACAUGUACACAGACAGAAUAUUGUAUACAUAAUAAAUAAGUAUUUAAAAGCGUGCACCACUACCACCCAGACUGUUUUCUUUUUUAUAUAUUUUGAAACAGAUCCUUAGAGGCUGGCCUCAAACUUUUAGCAACUCUCGUGCCGUAGCAUCCCAAGUACUGAAUCGCAAGCUUGCAGCACCGAUCCAGAUGUUUCAUGAUGUCGAUCUCACUAUGUAGCACAGCUGUUUUCUAAAGAUUCUGCCUCGGUGUCCCUUGGGCUGAGAAAUUCAGACAAGCACCUCCACACUCAAUGCAGCUGUUUCCAUCCGCAAUCAAGGGGAGAAACCCUAUCCUGGCCAGUAGUAGGCUUCCUGCUGUAGCCAUGUGAUUCUCAGCUCGGAGAGGGGGAUAGGAUAGGGCGGGUCUGGAGAGCUAGUCUACAUCAUUCUGGCCUUCAUACCCCUCCCUUCCCUGUCCAUUGGGAGGCAGAAGACAGGAAAUGACUGCCAUGAAUGUGGUAGGACUUUUCACUGAAACAGCAUUUUGUAAACCAUCCACAGAUGUUUUCCUAUCUGAUACCAGCCAGGUGCCCUCCCUCCCCUGAUAAUUCUCCUCUCCCCACCCCUUCACAUGACUGCAGCCUUUGGAGCCUCCGCUCCUGGCUGCUGUCCACAUUUCGUUCCUCUCAGAACCCAGGCAUCCUGGCCUCCAACUGAAACCACUGCCUGUAGCGUCCCCUAUUCUUGGCCCCGUGACUCAGUCCCUCUGAGGGAACCAGCCCUCUUCUUGGCACUCAGGGGCUAGGUGGUGACAUCAGAGUUGAGGGGUAUAAAAGUUCUCAGCCAAAACAGAAUCGAAGAUGCAACCUGACCGUGGCCUGUGACAGGGACCUCUCCGCCUGAUGUCCACAGAUGUCUGGAGGCAGAUUCUCCCUGUGUCAAGGCCUACCUGCUGGUGAGAGGCUGCUGCGGGUCCUGGGAAGAGGGUGGACAGGGAGGAGCCUGGAUUGCUUGGACAACAUUUGCACAAAUGCAGACUCCAUGGUGGGCUCUCUUUCCCUUCUGUGGCUUGUGGCCAUGACCACCUCCUUGGUUUCUAAAGCUCAGAUCUUGACUCCCCAAGACUACGAGGAAGAGGACUAUGAGGCCUUAACCACACCUUCUGGGGCUGUCCGAUGCGACUAUGACCGUUGCCGCCACCUGCAGGUGUCCUGCAAGGAGCUGCAGAAGGUUGGGCCAGUAGCCUGUCUGUGCCCAGGGCUCACCAGCGAGGAUCAGCAGCCAGACCCUCCGCGGCUGGGAGAAGUGCAGAUCUUGGCGGAGGAAGGCUGCGCUGUUGUCCACUGGUGCGCUCCCUUCUCUCCAGUCAAUCACUACUGGCUUCUGCUUUGGGAAGGCAACGGCGCUCCACACAAGAGUGGCCCCUUCAAUGCGACCGUUCGAAGAGCGGAGCUGAAGGGACUCAAACCUGGCAGUUCUUAUGAUCUUUGUGUGGUGGCUGCUAACGACGCUGGCAAGAGCCGUGUUCCUGGAGCAGAUGCUGAGGGUCCUGAGGACUGGGCUGAGCCUUCUUUUGGGCCUUGUCGAAAGCUUAUCAUGCCGCCUAGACCUGUCACCCUGGUCCACGCAGCUGCGGGAGUGGGCACAGCUUUGGCUCUGUUGAGCUGUGCUGCCCUGGUUUGGCAUUUCUGCCUUCGUGAGCGGUGGGGUUGCCCCCGACGUCACGGUACCACCCAGAAUUCAGAAGCUCUUUGAUGGGAGUCCCACCCACUAGAAACAGCUCUGGAACAUUCCAGCCACAUUUGGAGAGCCCAACCCACUCCCAGGAGGGGUGUGGGGCCUGCAGCCACCUGGCACCAGGGCACAACCAAGUCAGAGCCGAAGCCCGGGCAAUUGGCCUCGGGGCUGAGAGUUUGUUUAGUUCCUGACUAAGUGGUCACUGUGUUCCCCGGGGUCUAGGAAGGGGUAGCAAUUAUUCAGGUGUAAACGAUUUAAACUUAAUGGGCUUGAGGGGGUAAAAUCGCAUACAUUACAUAGGUACUUAUAUAUAGUCAGUUAAAACAGGGCUAUUUAAGGUUCUUCCAUGGUGUUCUACAAUUCUAAUCCAGCAUUCUGGAAGCAGAGGGGCAGCCUGAGCUACACAGAAAAUUCCAGGUCAACCCAGAUUAUAUACUGAGACCGCAUCUCUAAAAGAAAAUAAAACAAACGUAAAAACCAACAAAGAAGGGGCAAGAGAGAAAGACGGUUCAGUAGUUAAAGGCUACUGGCUACCUCCAGAGGACCACAGUUUUAGUCCCAGUGCUCACAUGGCAGCUCACAACCAUCUGUAACUCCAUUUCCAGGGGAUCCAAAGUCUACUUCUGACCUCUGCCAGCAGCAGGCAUGCACACACGCUUGCACACACACACGUGCAAGCAAAAAACUCAUACACAUAAAAUAAAAAGUUUAAAAAUGUCAACUGUCCAUAGCUCAUAGGCCUUCCACGGCAAGUGGCAGGCCAGGUUCAGGCUGUUUGCUGGGGUUUGCCAAUGCAAGCAACACAUUCUCAAAAGUGCUCUGUGACUCUGGGUGGCUUCCAUAUAUAUUCUGAGAAUAAGCUUCUGUAGGGUAGGAGUUGAGUUCUCCUACCUUCUAUUUUGUUACUAAGGAUGAGCCUGCUCAGAGUCAACUGUGUCUGGGGAAACUGAGGAUUAAGGAUCAGCAUGAGCUGGAGGAGACAGAAGGCCCAAGCUUCAGUCUACAAAAGUGAGUGUUUUUGUUAGUUAUUAAUAAUUUGUAUCAGUGACUCCCCUCACAUUUGUGUAAUUGUUUAUCCACUGUAAUAACAUUAAAGGCAAAUUAGAAGCAUUGUAUUUUCAGUUUUCAUGAUCCUGUUUAAUUCCUAUAUACAUAUACCUAUGUUUUUAUCACGUCUCAGUCUUUCGACUAAGAUCAAGUAUAUGACUAUUUUUUAAAGAUAUAUAUAUGUACUUUCAGUUUGUGUUUGUUUGAGACAGGGUCUCACUGUGUAGCCCUUGCUGGGCUAAAACUCCCUAUGUAGACCCCAUGGACUUGAAAUCCAGAGAUAUUCCUGCCUUGGCCUCCCGAGUACUACUUUCCACAAAGUUCACCAGAGCUUUGAAUUUGUGAUAAUCCUCCUGCCUCAACCUUCUGAGUACAUAUGUCACCAUACCCAACUUCAAAAUGUAUUUGUUAUUUACAUUUUUUUAAUUUUUUAAACUUUUAAAAAUUUUGGGGGGCUGAAGAGAUGGCUCAGGUUAAGAGCACUGGCUGCUCUUCAGAGAUCCUGAGUUCAAUUCCCAGCAACCACAUGGUGACUCACAACCGUGUGUAAGGAGAUCUGGUGCCAUCAUCUGGCACAUAGGCAUACAUGCAGGCAGAACAUUGUAUACACAAUAAAUAAAUAAAUCUUACAAAUCUUGUGUGUUUCUAUGCAUGCCAUGGCAUGCGUGCGGAGGUCAGAGGACGACGUCCAGGAGCUGUUUCUGUCCUCCCGUGUUUCUCCCUGGAAUGUGGGUUCCAGGGCUCAAACGCAGG